UCACAUCCCGUGGCGACCCCAGACGUCCGGCCAAGUCCCAGUCCCACCCACACUUCGAGCCUCCGAAACGAGAGCGAGCGCCGUGUAGACGACAGCACGCGAGGCGACGCCGCGGCUCUGAGCAAAGCGACUCGACUCGCCGUCGGGAAGGAGGCGGGAAGUGUCGGGAGUCCGGCUCUGAUGGCAGGAGAGGCGGGACUCUCCUGAAGCCAUGAGGGACUGCACGCCCACACUCUUUCUGCUGGUGUCAGCCGGACUAGUGAACUGCCGCACGGUUUUUCCAUACCUGGGAUCAGGAAACCGGUUCACGCUACGAGCCACGUUGCCAGUCGGCUUUCCACCGAACGUGACGUUCCUGCGCGUGCGCGCCACUAGUGACACCUAUGUGCGACCGAACGAAUCACGAACUAUGGAAUACGCCGUGGCCAACCAUCGGGACAACCUAUUCAAGAUCACAAACGACGGUGGCAUUCGCCUAUCGCGUGAGGUCAAGUUCAGGAAAACGAGGAAAGAGCGACGGCGGUACCGGCUGAACAUCGUGGCCGGCCUACAGGGGGAGGCGGCGCCCGAACGAGCCGUGCUGGCCGUGGAGAUCCAGGUCACACGCAACCCGCCGGACUGUGACGCCAUCUCUGCAGAGGAGCUCUGCUGGGGGCCGUGGACAUUCCUGGCCGGAAUGCAGUGGUUCGCAUCCCCGCCCGCCACAGCAGACAAGUCUCCGUUCCUCCUGGACCUGCGGUGCCCUCUGCACACCACCUGUCAGGAGCCCCAGUACUCAUACCGAGCGAACCAGGUGGCGUCAGAAGAGGAGGGGUCGGAAAAACUACUGAGAACGUUUGACGUGGAGGUGCUGGACAGAAAUAAUCACGCUCCAGAACUGUAUGAGACCAGUGCGCCCGUGAGCAACGUCUACCUCUGUGAACGGCGUGAAAUAAAGAAGGACGAACGGGUGGGGCUGGCCCGGCAGCUGUACAUCCGCGACCUGGACCACCACAGCCUGGAGCACUACAGCGUCCGGCUGGAGGGCGACAGCCGCGGCCUGCUGCGCAUAGCGCCGGGUCAUUACCCGCUGUCCGGGGCCUCCGGCCGCCGACACGACGGCGAGGACUGGGAGACCAUGCUAUUCACAGCGUCUGGCGUCUGA